UUUACAUUUAUUGUUGUCUGCUAGACUGUCAAAAUAAAAACAUUAUUCUUUUUAUAAAAGUGAUCAAAGUUUUCUCUUAUUUAUUAUAAUUUAUAAUGUAAAUAAAAUUUAAUAAUAUUACACAAAUCAAACACAAUUAUGAGUCAAUUUAUUACAAUUCAAGUCGGACAGUGCGGAAAUCAAAUUGGUUCUGCUUUUUGGCCAUUAGUAUUACACGAGUAUGGAAUUCAAACAACAAGUAAUGAAAUUAAUUUUCUUAAAACUCAAAAGAACUACAACAAGAAUAUAAAUGAUCUCUGUGAUGCGUUCAACAGUUUCUUUUAUGUGCCAAAAUUUAACAGUGAUUUAGCCUUUAAAACAGUUUCUGAAUUAGUUUCAGCAAAAGUUAAAGCGAGGGCAGUUUUGAUUGAUAUGGAAGAUAGUGUUGUCGCCCGUUUUAAGCAAGGUCCAUUACGAAAUUUAUUCGAUCAAACUUGUACGGUUACAAAUUAUCCUGGUUCAGCGAACAAUUGGGCUGUUGGUUAUCAUACGCAUGGUGGAAAUUAUCACGAUGAAAUUAGCGAAACAAUUAGAAAAACUGUCGAAAAAUGUGAUUGUUUACAUGGAUUUUUAAUAACUCAUUCUCUCGGUGGUGGAACAGGUUCAGGUUUAGGAACAGCGACUUUAAAAAUAUUAGCUGAUAAUUAUAAUCACGUUGAUAGAUUUGUGACGUGUGUAUAUCCUGCUGGAACUGAAGAUGUAAUUACGUCUCCUUACAAUGUUCUCUUAGCAACAAAACAACUUACAGAUUUUGCAACUUGUGUUUUCCCUGCGGAGAAUAAAGCUCUUCAAGAUAUUUGCUAUGGACACACGAAGAAAAAGGAAAAUUCUGAUCAAGCCAAGUACAACGCUUCAUGUAGACCGUUUCAGGAUAUGAACAGUAUUAUCGUUAAUAUGCUUCUGCAUUUAACGAGUGGUUCACGAUUUUCGGGAAGUCUAAAUACAGAUAUGAAUGAGCUUGCAACAAAUCUUGUUCCGUAUCCAAAUUUGCAUUAUAUAUUCAGUAGUGUAAGUCCCGCUACACUGACGGCGCCUGCGAUUGCAAUGUCCCAAAAAACUAGAUUUCUAGAUGAACUGUUUACAAAUGCAUGGUCAAGAAAUAAUCAAAUGAUAAAAGCUGACCCUUUUCAAACUGAUUCGGUGAUUCUUGGUGCAGCUCACAUUGUUCGAGGUGAUACCUCACUUACUGAUAUAAGAAAAAAUAUUUCACGAUUUCAAAACAAAGUGAAUUUUACCGAGUGGAGUAAAGAAGUAAUGAAAGUUGGCUUAUGUUCAGUUCCUCCAGCAGGUCAUCCUGUAUCUCUUCUUAGUCUUGUCAAUUCCACAUCAAUGUCUUCAAUGCUGCUCGAAGUAAUUCGGCAAUUCGAUAAACUCUAUAAAAAAAAGGCUCACGUUCAUCAUUACCUUCAAGUCGAUAAUUUCGAGGAAGAUCACUUUCGAGAGAGCCGAAAUAGUGCCAUUAAUGUUUACGAAGGAUACAUGGAACUUCAAAAACAAAAACCUAUAAAUGAACCCAGAUUGCGGCUAAUUUAGAAUUCUACUUUUAAAAAUGCAAUACCAAAUCUCAGCUAUAAAGUUAUUUUUAUUUAAAAUUUGUUUUGCAUUGCUUGUACAUUGUUAAAUUUAAUGAAAAUUAACAUUCGUUAUAUUAUAUAUUAUUUUUAAAAAAAGAGUUAAUUGUAAAAGCCAUUUUGUGUGGAUAAAGCAUUUAACAAUUGGAAAGUGAUCUAAAUACAAGACACUUAAUACUGAUUAUUUAAAAUUAACUCGCUGGUAUUUGUGGCAAGCCGAAUUCGUCUAC